CCUCCUCCUCUUCUGUCCUCUCCUCUCCUCCCUUCAUCCCGCGGACGAGUGUAUACAGCCUCUCAAGUUGAACCCAGACGCACACACAUGCAUAACACGCACAGCAAGAGGAGGACAGUCGGAGGAUAGACAGAGAGGGAGGAAGGAAAAGAAGGAGAGCGGACGGAGAUGCUGCCGGGCGAGCGGAAUUUGGAUUUUAUUUAAUACAUGAGCCUUAAGUGACAGAGUUUUCCUGGGUUUUGUUGUUCCAAAACCGCCUUCUGAGUGGACUUUUUAAUUGGGAGUUCUCCGUCCACUCUGCUGGUCUGCUUAAACUUUGGAAGACAGAAAAGUAUGAUAAAGGAAGAGACAUAGAGGCUUCCUCAGCUGUAGCUGUCCCGUUUGGAUAAAUAAAGCAGAGGAGCGCACCGGUAGAAAAAGCUCACCACGGGGGGAACCGGUUCAUUCCUCGGCUCUGUCUUCAAGGAAUCACACCGCAGACUUUUUUUUGGGGAGAAAGGAUUAAAAAAAGAAGCCAGCCUGCACCGGAAUUGCCCAUCGGGGUUUCUUUUUUUAUGACUGACUCCAGAAGGAUUUAUAGUUUUACUCCAAAGCUCAUCUGCGCGUUGUCUUAGGUCAAGCACAGCGGGAGCGCAGUUUGGUCAAAUUGAGAUUAUUGAUGGCACCGAUGCGGUAGUGAUCUGUCUUGGGGAAAGAGAUUUAAAAAAAUAACAAAAUUAAAGAUCUCCAUUUUGUCCGUUUUGUGAACAAUCCCGGAGGUUUGUACCGACAGGAGGGAUGGAGACGGUCUGGAGAAGGGGAGGUGCGCUGGUGGGGACGCUGUGGAAGACGGUGCUUCUUGUUUCCCUGUGGAAAGUAUCUCAGAGCCAAGCCGGAGCAGCGGGACUUGGACCAGGAGGAGGGCCGGACUCCUCCCAGCCCCGUUUCUCCUCCUCCCUCCCCACCUACCUCCCCGUCCAGUGCCAGCUAAGUGGUGCUGACUCUGCCUUCUUUCUGCGAGAAGCCAAUCAGGAGGUGAUGCGAAACGGCAGCCUAUCAUCGCGGACUGAGCCCUUCUUCCUCCAACAACUGGAACCAUCCAUCGCCCCCCCACACUCCCUGCCCAGCAUCAACUGCAGCUAUGGAAACCUGAGCAUCGAGCAGCCAAUCCCAGUGGAGCUGCUUCAGGGCCCAUCACCGCAUCUGAUGCUGUCGACCAACCACGUGACUCUGAACUGGAAGGUCAAAGGUCAAGUGGUGGUGCCCAAAGUGGGAUCAACACGACCCUGGAUUCAGGUGUUGUUUUAUCUGGUUGGGCGUCGUUGGGAUGAGCCUGACCCGCCUCCUCCAGCCCUCCUCCCAUGUGUCAGAGCCGUGGCCGUCCGCGACACCAAUGAAGCGGCACCCUCGGCGGGCUGCCGACUUGUGGGACCAUCUGGCAUCUGUGUUGUCCGUCUGGAGAUUCCUCCAGCUUGGUUUACACCACCGCAAGUGAGAAAAAGACCUCCUGAAGUGACUCUACCAUCAGUGGAUGUGUAUUACUCAAUCAUGCCAGUGGAAGGGGCUGGUCAGGAGUGUCCCUCCAUCGUUAAUGAGCCGUGGAGAGGUCAGAGUGCAAACAUCGGGCCUCUUGGAGGCCCGGGCAUUGGACUUGGGGGACAGUGGAGCCCCCUAGGGGAUGGAGGAGGUCUUCAAGAUAUGCUUAAAGCUGGUUCUGUGGCAAUGACCCUGGGCCCAGUUUCUGCCAAAGGAGAAAAAUUGAGACUGGAUGAAAAUGUGGAGGUUCUGGUGCCACCCAGCCCGGUUCGGCUCGGUAAGACGGUGGCGUUUGGCGUCUACAUGAAGACAGGUUCAAACACGGAGCAGUUCACAUUAAGGGUGUGGUUCCAGUCAGGCAUUAACUUCCUGGCCGUAAAACCAAGCAACCUCGUCGCGUGGGAGAUCAAACAGGAAAUGGCGCCGGGAAGCAGUUCGUUGGCGGUGAUGUGUCAGAGAAGGGCCUCCUCCACAGCUGAGAGAUUGGAAAGCCCAUCAUAUGAGGUGAUGCAGUUGGACUUUGAGGUGGAUAACGUAAUCAACCUGGUGCCAACGCAGACUCUCCACUGGAACGUUGAGUACCCAGCUGGCAUGCAGACAACUUCCAGACAAACGGAGAAAGUGUCACACCUCUACAUCAGCAACGCAGACAUUCAGGGAAUCGUCCCGCUGGCUGAGGACACGGAGGUGGUGAACACGGCUAUUCUUACAGGUCGGAGGGUUGCCAUGCCGAUCAAACUGGUUACUGUGGAAACCGACGGGCAGGUGAGGGAGGUGGACGACUCAGUGACCUGCAGCUCGACAGACGUGGACGUGGUCAAGGUGUCCCCAAACUGUGACCAGGUUUUGGUGAACGGUAAAGAAAUGCGCGGCCGGCAGUCUUUGGCGGUCAACUUCACCUACCUGCACCUAUCGGCUCAGCUGCACCUCACCGUCUGGGUGCCCAAGCUGCCUCUGCAGAUAGACGUGUCCGAUACUGAGCUGAGCCAGGUUAAAGGCUGGAGGGUCCCCAUCAUCACUAACAAGAGACCUACUAGAGACAGUGAAGAUGAUGAGGAUGAUGAGAGGAAGGGCAAAGGCUGCACCCUCCAGUACCAGUACGCCUUGGUGCGAGUCCUCACCCAUUUUGUCGCAGAGCCCUCUGACCCUGGAGGAGAGAUGGUCCACAUGUUGGGUGCAGACUGGCAAGCUGAUAUCACACAUUUGGUCUUGGACCAGCUAAAGGUAGAAGAUCCUCGCAUUGCCAGACUGAUCGACGGACGAAUCUUGAUCGGGCGGGACCUUGGGAUUACCACAAUACAGGUUCUGUCCCCACUCUCUGACUCCAUCCUGGCAGAGAAGACUGUGACCGUAUUGGACGACAAGGUCACCAUCACUGACCUCGGAGUUCAGCUUGUUGCAUCUCUGUCUCUGAGUAUGACAGCGAGUCCGGGAAAUUACCAGGCUAUACAGCUAACGACUACCGCUACAGACCUGCUACACACACCUAAACAGGAAGCAGCGAUCAGUGCCUGGAUCCAGUACAGUGACGGUUCAGUUACGCCACUUGACGUCUAUGAUCCCAAGGACUUCCUUCUCUCGGCUGUGUCACUGGAUGAGAAUGUUAUCUCCAUAACCAAUCAGGAGCAACACUGGCCUAUUGUAGUGGCAGAGGGCGACGGACAGGGAUCACUGGUUCGUGUAGAGAUGGUCAUCUCUGAGACCUGCCAGAAAUCCAAAAGAAAGAGUGUGCUGGCAUCUGGAGUUGGCAAUGUGAUAGUGAAGUUUGGAGCAAAGAGUGAAGAAAGAGGUGUGAUGGGAAGAGGCGGGCUGGACGACGGAGGCGGGAUGGACAACAGCACCAAUGAGCACCAAGCAAAGGACGGAGGGGAGUGGAAGUCCAACAGUGCAGCAGUGGAUCGAGAGGAAGGAGCCAUGAGGAAGGUUAGCACAACGACCAAGAGCACAGUCACCCAUCGUGCUUCAGGUGGUAAAGCUGCCAGUGGAGGCAGCAGCAGCAGCCGGGGCGGAGGCCCAAACCAAGCAGGGGACUACAGCAGCUACCCAGCACAAGUGGAGGUACCAGGCACUGGGGAUAAUGAGCUGACCCAGACUACGAGAGGACUGUCAGACCUGGAGAUUGGAAUGUAUGCCCUUUUGGGUGUUUUCUGUCUGGCAAUACUGGUCUUUCUUAUCAACUGUGUCAGCUUUGCUUUCAGAUACCGUCACAAGCAGGUCCCCGUGCUGGAAGCAGGAGGCAACAUGAACCAUGCCCAUGACUGGGUGUGGCUUGGCAACGAGGCCGACCUUUUAGCUGAUCACUCAGACCAAUGCCAGGGAGGGCUGCCUGAUGAGUGCACCACCAUCAUUGACCGGAACGAAGGAGGAUAUGAGGAGAACAAGUACCUCCUGAACGGGGCUGGUAAUACCUUAGUCAUGGGCACCAUAAGUGGGAGCGGUAGUACAGGUGGGCACCGGGGCAUCACCCACGGACAAACCUUGCCCAGAUCUGUUGCAGAAUCGCACCAGUGCCUUUCAGCAAUCACUACUGGUGGCAAAAAUGCCACUGGCCAGGCGGAGCAUCUGAAUAAUUCCCCCCGAGCCACGGCCGCAGCUGCGGUUGCGGCCGCCAAGCGCAAACGCGUCCAGUUCACGUCUUUUGCCACCGUUCUGCCCAAUGAUAAUUCGGGCGGGGGUGGCCCAUACACCAACUCUUCAGCCCUGGUAACCAAUGGGAGUGAGGAUGACAUCAAGUGGGUGUGCCAAGAUAUGGACCUGGGUCAGUCUGAAAUCAGAACCUACAUGGAGAGGCUACAAGACAAUCUGUGACUGAUGGGAAAGAGACUGAGAAAUGGAGGGGCAGAGGAUGAGUGCAGGAGGGGGAGGAUGGACAAUGAGUACAAUUCACCUGUAAUGCCUUUGCAAUGGAUGAAGGGAGGGAGAAGGAGAUGAAUAUGAGAACAGUGAAGGGAACACAAAGUGUGGUGAUUAUUGAGCAGUCUAGGGGAUACUUACACUUGGCUCCCCUAAGGCUAUGGAAAGCAUACUGUCAUCACUAGCUCACACUGAAAUCAAUGGUAGCAAACAAUAAAUAACAUUUUCAGUUUGUUUUAUAUUAUUUAUUGUGGAAAUAUUAGUGUAAAAAUCAAUACUAAAGUCACUAUUGGUUAUGAAUGUUUAUUUUCAGAAUACCAGUAAACCAUUAUGCUAUACAGUAAAUUCAGGGUAUGUUAUUGGAAAAACAUUAUCAAGCCACUAUACAUUUAAACGAGGAUGGCGAGAACGUCAUUUCUGAAGUAUUUUUUACUCAUAUGAUGUAUUUCCAGCACUGACUGUGGCUGUUGAUUGAUUAUUGAUAGAUCUAGUUUUAAUAUUUACCUGCCAAGUCUACUGAAUGGUUAUGUAAUAAUCAUACUAAAAUUUAGAUGAGCAUCAAAUACACUAUCUGUUUGUUUUUGUUCUAUCAUGUGACCAAUCUCAUUCUGGCAUUGCUCAUAAAUGAAAUGUAACAUGUAAAAAUAUAUAUAUUCCAAGUACUCGACUAUAAAUUCAGGCACCAGUGGGAGCUGCCAUUCAGCACUGAAUAUGGGCGAUCUCGCUCUUUCCUCAAACUAAAGCAUGUGUGAAGAGUUGGAAAUUGAUAUGACAUACAAGAGACUGUUUCUCCCUUGGAUCCAAGACAGAGGCAUUUAAACUUGCACAAUUACAAACAGGAAAGGACAUUAGCCAUAUUUGAGGCUUACUUCCUGUUGCGUGAAACCUUCCAGCCAAUGACGGCGUUCUCCCUGUAUUCAGAACCAAUCCCAUCAUCCCCUGGCCCCUCUCCUUGUCUGUGAUUGGACAGCAGUAGAAACUUUGUGAACUAAAGUGCACAGUGCAGUACUGUGAAAUACUGUCUGUAAACUAACAGGGGACUGACUGAGGUGUCUCGUAUAAAAAGGAGGCUGCUUGGGCUUUGCAAAGCCUGAACGAACACUUAAUAAUGAGGAUUAUUUAAAACAGAAACCAUGUAGGCAACAAGACAGACCAGAGAACUGCAGUGUUAAACAUGGAGCUAACAGGAUAUACUGAAUGACUUUACAAUACAAACGAAAAAUGGAGUGACACUCUUGACUAUCUCACGCAUAGAUAUGGGUUCAUGAAACAUGUUUGUUUUGCUGAACAUAAUUAUGUAUAUUUUUUCCUUCUGUUUGUCCUUUUUGAUAAAUAGAAUGCUUUUUAUUAUGUUUAAUUUUUUGUCCUUAUUUGGGAAGAUAUUAAUUGUAGCUUUUUAUUUCAAAGAUUUAUUAAGAUUUUAAGGAUAUAUGAUUCUUUUUUUUUCUCCUAGAGAUCUAUUUAUUUAAAUUAACAUUUGAGAGGGUGAGGAUGGGAAGAAAAGGCCAAGGACCUGCUGGUGAAUGAUGAUAGCACAUAAGAGAAGAAUUGAAAGGAAGGAGACAGAACAGGCAGCGGCUGCCUCACCUUCGUUAAGCUCAGGUGACGAGUCAUGAAGAACUGACAAUAAAAAAAGAGAACUGUAAGAUUGUUAAGAUUGCAAUAUUUAUUUAUAAAUGUGUUACUGUUUCAGAGUACACUGUAUGUUGUAGAUAAAUAAACAUGCUUCAAAGUGCUUGUGAAUAAGAUUGCAGGUCACUAGCCAACAACAUGGUGACAUUUUGUACAUUUUACAGUGCAAAUAUGGUACACAAUACUAUCUACCACCACAAUGUGAAAGUGAUCUUAUUGGUUCUUUUUCUAAAGAUGUUCCUGUCUUUGUUUAAAGUAUUGAAUGAGUUCUUGUCUUUGUACAGGGUAGGAAUCAGUUUACCUCCAUAAUGAGAUGUAAAAAUGGAGGUAAAUCCAUCGUGAAUCACACUCAAAAUUGCUUGAGGAUGGUGAGUCCAAGAGAUCCAUUUCAGAAAGAAAACCAAACCAAAUGUUAGGAUGUUGGGCUCGUCCAAUAGAUAACAUCUGGAUUAUUACAGAUAAAAAAAACAUCUCUAUUUUCAAUCAUUAAAAAAAUGCACAUGAAAAAAAUCACAAUGGUCAAAUCGUCAGGUCUGAAACAGAAUGAAAGCAGGACAGAGAGCUUGAAUAGACACAGAUACCUGAGCUGACUCCAAAUGGGGGAAAUAAAUGGGCUGCACAGCCUCCACCAAAGCAAUAUUUUGACUGAUGAUGGCGACUAUACUGUAUGUUCUGGAUUCAUACACAUUUGUGUAUCUCGCCUGCUCUAACGUAGCUACAAGACUGCUGUGAUUGAAAGGAUCAAUCAAACAGGUACAAGUUCAAUAGUCGCUGAACAUAGAAGUGUAGCAAUGCUUUCAAUGAAAAACCUUUUGACUCUUAACUAGAACUGUGAGGUCAAUCAUACAUUACAGCCUGUGACACCCAUUCUACCUGUUGUAUAAUUUUAAAACUGUAUGGAUGUCAACUGAAAAAAAAAUACAAGGCUAUUUUUUAUGAUUUUUGGUUAUUUUGAGGGCAUUUCAGCUUUUAUUUGAUACCAGAGAAAGGCAAAUCCUCCUGCCACUGUAGAAGGACCGCAAUUUACUGCUUGCUUACUAAACUAUUGCUGAACUUGAGCACAGAGGAAUUGUUAUAACAGCAUAAAGGCUGUUAGAAGAAACAGACAAUGACCAGGAUAGCUGGUUGCAACAAGAGAGUGGUUUUGUGUUAACUCAUUCUGAUUCGGUUUUACCAAAAACAUUCAACAGAUAAUUUUUGACUCUGUGACUGCAGAAGCAGGAGCACAUUGUAUUUUUAUUUUGUUUUCCAGAUUCCUCUGGUUGACAGGCUGUUUCCCAAAUGGAUCCGUCUCCAACAGAAUUAUGUACAUAUUAAACCAAUUUGUAGAUGGUAAGAAGAGGUCGAUCCAGUCCGUGUUGGGCUUGUUACUCAAAAAUUGUAAUAUAUUGCUCAUUACUUAUCAUUCUUAUCGAAAGUAAUAUUACUAAUUUACUUUUUACUCCAGCCAAGAGUAAUUUGUUACACUACUCAUUAUAAUACUUGUCCGUUAAACCAUUAAAGCAUUAUAUUGUUGGGCUGUCGUAGUAGGUGUUUCAGGAGGCUUGCGGUCAUGUUGUUUUGUAACAAGUUAUU